AUGAAAACUAUAUUUUUUGGGAGUGGAUUGUUUCCUUUGCCUAUCUUUUAAAGGUUGCACAAGAUGGCAGCAAUCGACCCCAAAUUGAGUCUAAUAACAGUGCCAAAUCAUUCACAUAAGGAAAAAAACUAAAUUAAAGAUUACGCUGCCUAAUAACAAUUUAGUAAAUAUCGUGUAAAAAUAAAGAAAUUUAUUAACCAAAUUUGUCAGACAAGACCAACAACUUUGUUUAAGAAAUCCAGGAAAAACCUGAUCUUGGAAUAGUUUGUAAUUAUGGAUACAUGAUUCCAAAUCAGAUAAUUGAUAUUUUUAAUAAGGGAGUUUACGUGAUUCAUCCUUCCCUAUUGCCCAAGUAUAGAGGAGCUGCUCCAAUUCAAAGGGCCAUUAUGAAUGAUGAAUAGAAGACUGGAGUGUCAUUUAUUGAGAUUUCAAAAAAUAAGUAGAAAUUAAUGAAUAUCUAGAGAUUUGAUGCAGGUGCAAUCCUGUUGAGAAAAGAAAUUGAUAUCCUUGCAGUCGAUAGAUAUAAGGAGUUAUCAUAGAAGUUAUCAUAAUUGACAGCUGAUUCAAUAGAAGAAUUCAUAACCAACAUUGACAAAUUUGAAAGAUUGGGUCAGAAUGCUGGUGAGACGACUAAGGCACCAAAGAUUACUCAAGCUGAUUUAAAGGCAGAUUUCAACAAUACAGCAAAUAAGAUAUAUAAUUAAUACAGAGGGAUUUAUGGGACAAAUUUCCAUAGUUUGAAAUUAAAAUAUCAAGAAAGGGAAUUCUAUUUAGAGAACAUUACAUUGGCAAAUGACUUAGAAUUAGAACAAUUGAAGCAUUUCAACACAGCUGAGAAUGGCACAUUGUGGUUAAUAAGGAGCAAACAAUUCAAAAACUAUUUCUAUAUAAAAUGCAAAGAGAAUAGUUGGAUUCGAGUCUAAGAAUUCAGAUUCACAGAUAGGGGCAACAGUUAGGCUGCGUAUACAUUCAAGAAUCAAUUCAUGAUGGAUUUCAAAUUUGAUAGUUUGGAUAACCAUUACAAGUUAAGUUAUUGAGUAUAUAUAUAUAAAUAUCUAUAUAACUAUUGGUAUAAAGAGUAUUAAUAUAAUUUAUGCAAGAAUAUAAGUAUCCAAAGAUUGACGCGAAGCAUUUUCAUUAUCACAAUGACGGCACUGGAAGGUGAGAUUAAUACAAGAUUUUUAGGGAUCAGUAUGUAAAACAUACAAAUGGUGGUUUAUUAUCUCAGAAGAUGAUUAGUUCACUAGAUUUGUCUCCAAAGGCGGAUUACACAAAGAUGAUCUUUCCAAAAACUGCAACAAAGUACUCUGAAUUGUAAUAACCUAGUUCUCGAAGCAGAGGAUUGCUUCCGCCUUAGCAUUAAAGAAUUCAGCAUUAUUUUGGAGAUGGAAAAGGUCGAGAUUAUUUUGUAACGAUAAAUGAUGGUGGAUAAGUGAAUUUAAAAAGUUGGAAAGACCAUCCAGAUUAAGCAUUUCCAGCUUAAUUACGAAAAUAUGGAAGAGAAUAUUCACAACCUGACUGUGUUAAGUACUUAAUAUCAAAUAAUUCAAAAUUAUAAUAAUUGACUUAAACAAUGAGAUUAAGAUAGAGCCAAUUCACUAAGCACAUUAGUGCACCUAAGAAACAAUCGAGUCCUUUGUUAGAGAGCUUUAUGCCAGAUCUGAAUGAAGGUGGGAAGUAUCAGACAUACCAAUAACUGAAAUACUAGAGUAAGGCAUGUUUUUUUGCAGAAUGAU